CCAAAAGUUCGCUUUUCAGAUGUGUUAACGGGUGAAAUGAGAUACUCGUGCAAUGGCGUGAUUGUUAGUGAGCGUACAGUAUUAACUACAGCUACAUGCGCACUCGCGAAGUCGGAGAGAUACAAAUUAUGCUCUGUGCUUAUUGGUGAAUAUAAUACAGAGUCUGAUCCGGAUUGCAACGAAUUGUUUUGCGGGCACAAAACCAGCAGCCGCGACAUAUCGUACGUGAUCAAACACCCAGGCUAUGACCCCGCGACUUACUCCAACAACGUAGCCUUGCUUCGCCUGAAGAAAACUAUCGACUUCAACGCCACAGCGCAGCCUAUAUGCUUCAUACCGGAGGACAGAUACGUUAGCUUGGGAAGCACAUGCACUGUCGUCGGAUGGGGAAGAUUGUCCGGUCAGAAGGCGCAGCCAACGACGCAACAGUCAUUACAGCUAAAACUCGUACCUAAGCAGCAGUGCUCGGACUACCUGAGCCAAGGUCUGUCCGUCGAAUUAUGCGCCACAGGAAGCUGCGAACCCUGCUCCGGGUACAGCGGCAGUCCUAUGUUGUACAAAUAUACGGACACAUAUUUCCUGGUCGGAGUCCUAUCAUAUGGGUCUAGCUGCGACUCAACCACCAUUUUCCCGUCUACAUUCGUGAACGUACAGAGGUACACGAGGUGGAUCUUAGAUAAUUAUUGAGGCGACUGUUCUUUAAAGUUUCAUCAAAG